CCCCAGCGCCUAACGUCACGUCCCGGCAGUCACGUGAAGUCCACACCCUGAGCCCCAACGCUGGGAUUAGAGUCCCGUGCUUCAGUCUACGGGGACCCAAGGAGAUUCCCCUAGACCCCGCGCUAACCACUCCCCCCCCCAUCCCACCCCCACGUAUCUUUGCAACCAUGCUCGCUCCACUGCUGCUAUCGCGGAUGCUGAUGCUGUGCGCUUCAAUGGGGGUACUAGGGGUGAUGUCGAGUCGCCCACACCGCCCCCGAAGUUCCCCGAGGACCCCUCUGACGGAGACGCACGACCUCGGUGGAUCCGAGUGGACGGCGGAGAGUCGGCAGGGCGGAGUGAGCGUCAGAGCGACGGUGCCAGGCUGCGUGCACCAGGACCUAAUGGCAGCAGGGAUCAUACAGGACCCCUAUUACCGGUUCAACGAUGAUGUGUACCGCUGGAUAUCGAGGCAGGACUGGACUUACCAGCGCAACUUCACCGUGCCGAUACCAUUACAGAACCAUCAGAAGGCGGUGCUUGUGUUUGAAGGGGUGGAUACGGUGGCAACCGUCUCUCUCAACGGGGUGGUGCUGGGACGCACGGACAACAUGUUCAUCACCUACGAAUUUGUGGUGAGCGGCCUGCUCAAGGAGGGCGAGGGGGCGACGAACUUGCUGACGGUGGCGUUCGAGUCGGCGCCGCGCUACGCGUCUGGACGCGCCGACGAGCACCCCGCGUGGCCCGUGCCCCCCGCGUGCCCUCCACCCGAGCAGCAUGGCGAGUGCCACGUCAACUACAUUCGAAAGGAGCAGUGCUCGUUUGGCUGGGACUGGGGCCCCGCUUUCGCCACGCAGGGCAUCUGGAGGAGUGUGCGCUUGGAAGCCUACUACCUGGCACGCCUCCUCGACCUGGCCAUCAUCCCUUCUCCGCUCGACGGACCGUGGGGACGGUGGACCCUGGAGCUGGAGGCGCACGUGGAUCUGCUGGGAAACCAGAAGGUGGAGGCAGCCGUCAGCGUGUCCGUGCUGGAGCUCAAGACGUCCUUCUCCUACAACGUGUCACUCUCGCCUGGCACCAGCCCCGUGCACGUCUCCUUCCCCCUCGCACAGAACGGAACAAACCUGAAGAUGUGGUGGCCCCGAGGGGACGGAAACCAGAGUGGUUAUCACACAACAGCCCAGAUCUUACUCGACGGGGGUGUUAUCCUGGCAGCAGACACCAUGGUUUACUUCCGCACAGUGGAGCUCGUGCAGGAACCCGUGGCGGACUCUCCGGGACUCAGCUUCUACUUUCGCAUCAACGGGAGGCCCGUGUUCCUCAGGGGCUCCAACUGGAUCCCAGCAGACUCCUUCCACACCCGUGUCACCCCUGGCCGGCUGCGCGAUCUGCUGCAAUCGGCCGCGGACGCGAACAUGAACGCCCUGCGCGUGUGGGGGGGCGGCGUCUACGAGACGGACGCGUUCUACGAGACGUGCGACGAGCUGGGCAUCAUGGUGUGGCAGGACUUCAUGUUUGCCUGUGCUCUCUACCCAACGGACGCCGACUUCCUGAGCUCCGUCAACACCGAGGUGCUGCAGCAGACGCGUCGGCUGAAACGCUUCCCGAGCGUGGUCGUGUGGAGCGCCAACAACGAGAACGAGGCGGCGCUCGCCACCAACUGGUUCCACAUCCCGGCGGGCGACUACGCGCGCUUCCACAAGGAGUACGUGCAGCUCUACGUGGGCACGGUGCGGGCAGCCGUGAUGCAGGAGGACGCCACGCGCCCGUUCCUCGCGUCGAGCCCCACCAAUGGCGCCGAGUCGGAGAGCGAGGGCUGGGUGGCACGCGACCCGUACGACACGCACUACGGCGACACGCACUACUACGAGUACGGCGCCGACUGCUGGGACUGGAGCCACUACCCACGCGCGCGCUUCGCCUCCGAGUACGGCUUCCAGUCCUGGCCGUCGUUCAGCACGCUGGCGCAGGUAUCGGAGAAAAGCGACUGGUCCUUCAACAGCUCCUUCAUGCAGCACCGGCAGCACCACGGGCAAGGCAACGAGCAGAUCCUGCAGCAGAUCGCACGCCACUUCCCCCUACCGGCCACCGGCGAUCCGCUCCGUGCCUUCCAGCUCACCCUUUACCUGUCCCAGGUGAUGCAGGCACAGUGCGUAAAGAGCGAGACGGAGUUUUACCGACGGAGCCGGAGCGAGGUGAUCUCUGGUGAGGGCCACACAAUGGGGGCGUUGUACUGGCAGCUCAACGACAUCUGGCAGGGAGCUUCCUGGUCUUCCCUGGAGUACGGCGGCAAGUGGAAGAUGCUACACCACUUUGCUCGUGACUUCUUCUCGCCCGUGCUGCCCAUCGGCUUCCUGGACGGCGGCGAGCUCGUCAUAUACGCCGUCAACGACCAACUCUUCGGCCUGCACCUCGCCGUGCGGGUGGAGGCGUACGCGUGGAGCAGCCUGCGGCCCGUGUGCUCGCUCGUCGGCGCGUCCUCGUGGGUCGCGGCCGGCAGCGCGGUGAGAAAGCACCGCGAGCCCAUCAAGAUGCUGCUCGCUCGCUGCACCGGCUGCACGAGGCAGCGCUGCGUAGUCACCUUCCAGCUGCAGGCGGAGAACGGCACGCAGGUCGGCCCCCGCAAUCACGUCUUCCUGGCAUCGCUAAAGGACGCGCAGGGGCUGCACGCGCGGCCAGUGAAGGUGGCAGGCGUGAGUGGCAUGCCUGGUUCGCCGGUGGUGGUCACCCUGGAGGCAGUGGCAGUGGCUCCCUUCGUGUGGCUCGACGUCGGAGCCAUCGCCGGCCGAUUCAGUGACAACGGGCUGCUGCUCACGGAGGGCACACGCAACAUCACCUUCUACCCGUGGCAGGGCACCACGGCCCGACACGUUCAGGAGGCCCUGACCGUCACCUCACUCGCAGACGUCGUACAGACAUAACCGCGGGGAGGACGCUUAAACGGUCGCUAGAUUGCCUAUAAGCAAGAGAAGUCACGAAAUUGGCUUGAAUUAAAAUGUAAAUUCUUUUGGGGCUGAGAAAUUUGAGACAUUUUCCAACAUGCUAAAAAUAUAAAUCAUUCAACUUAACAGCUAGCCAGUUGGAUUUACUGUGAUUUAUGCACUGGUUUUACCAUUUACCAUAUUUUCCUGAUUAGAGCUGUAUAUGAUCGGAUGGAAUUCAGCACUAGUCGCACAUGUCUCCUUCAAAGGUAUUCACUGCAUCAUGAAUGCUUUUUCUCAACAAGAAUUGUGUUUUUGUCCCGCGCGGAAGUGUGCUUGGAACCUUUGUCUCAACGUGGACCUAUUGGAACGGGAAAGGGUUAAGCUUAUGCACACAAGCGAGAUAAUUUGUGGUAACGAAAGACUGAGGGAUGGUGACGACGUGGGGAGGCCUUAAUCCAGUAGCGGAUAGACCAUUGCUGAUGAAGUAAGGCAAUAUUCAUGGCAAGGUGGUAUUUGCUUUCUGCCAAGAGAGGCAAUAGACAUAAGAUAAGUAUAUAUAGGUACUUGCCGUAGGAAUAUGGACUUUCCUGCAAUGGAUCAGAACUGCUAAUGGAGUAGGAGAAUACUCUACCUAUGAAUUAUUUAUCUGCAAUUUCGGAUUGGUUUAUACAGCACUUUGGUGUCUAUUUUGGAUUUUCAUUCAUUUUACAAGAGUGCUGGUGCAGUAAUAAACCAUGGGUGUCAACUCGAGAAUAGUAAUGCAUCGACUCAUAGAUUAAUAAUGAUUCAUAAGCUCACGAUAUGUGCACUGAAUCGCGUGUAUAUGAAUUCAUGUUUUCUCGAAUUGUGCGUGUUGUAUGUAAUGGGUUAAUGUAGCCUCGGCAGCUACUAACCAUUCAACAUGUAACGUUGGAGUCUGUAUAUAUGUUGAACUUCCUUCGGGUCAAUGUUGGGUCAACGUUGGGAUGUGGCUGAAACCGUUGGCUCAAUGUUGGCCCAACAGUCAUUGUUUACUGGGUUGUGGCCUCUACAUUUACCAGUGUUAAAACAAGAAUGAAUUCGCGAAUUGAAUCUUGAAAAGUGGUUGAAUGGUUACACCUCUAGCGGCACCUACCAAGACAAUUAUGAAUUGUGAUUUGUUUCAUUCCACCUUCGGUAUAGAAUUGACCAACUAUGCAAUUUACUGAUUAUGCACUGGAUUAAAUCAGAGGAAUAUAUAUUCUGUAUCUGCAAUUUGCAUGGAUUGUAUAUAUGUUUUACACAUAAGCAUUGCAGAUUUAACGUGUCAUUGUUUUUGACUUUGCACUGUGCUUGCUGUAUGGUACUUUUCAAAAUAAAUUCAUGACUUAGUG